AUGAAUCAUGGGGCUAUUCAUCUUAGUGUUCUGGUGUAUGUUGAUGAUUUAAUAAUUUCUGGGAAUGAUUCUUCUGCAAUUUCAACGUUCAAAUCAUAUUUGAGUGACUGUUUUCAUAUGAAAGAUGUGGGAGUGCUGAAAUACUUUCUUGGUAUUGAGGUUGCUCGGAGCCCGGAAGGCAUAUUUUUAUGUCAAUUGAAAUAUACUCUUGAUAUUGUUGCAGAGUCUGGUUUGCUAGGGGCACGACCAGCAGGUACUCCUAUUGAGCAAAAUCAUACUCUGGCUAAAUCGGAGACUCCUCUUAUUGCAGACCCCGAAAUGUAUCGCCGUAUUGUGGGUUGCUGUGACUCGGAUUGGGCUAGUUGCCCUUUGACGAGACGAUCGAUUUUUGGCUGGUUGGUAUUUCUUGGUGGUUCCCCUAUUUCUUGGAAGACUAAGAAGCAACAUACUGUUUCUAAGUCUUUUGCAGAGGCAGAGUAUCGCUCGAUGUCUAAAGUUACUGAUGAGUUAAAAUGGUUGAAGUCUCUACUCUACAGUUUGGGAGUUUUGCAUCCGCGUGCGAUGAGCUUGUUUUGUGAUAGUCAAUCUGCGUUGUAUAUUGCGCAGAAUCCUGUCUUCCAUGAACGCACUAAAUAUAUCGAGGUUGAUUGUCAUUAUGUUCGGGAUGCAAUUCAGGAAGGGGUCAUUAGUCCGUCGUAUGUACCAACAACGGAUCAACUAGCAUAUAUUUUCACUAAGGCAUUGAGUAAAAACCAAUUCUUGUAUUUGCUUGGCAAGUUGGGCAUUUGUGAUUUGCAUGCUCCAACUUGA